GGCUGAGCCGUGGACACAAGCAGCAGUCUGUGAGAGUGUGUGUGAGAGUGUGUGUGCGCGAAGCCAUAGCGGAGAGAGAGGGUCUGCCGGAUCCCUUACUGAAACUCUACCUCUCCCAAAAACACACAAUCCCACUCACCGGUCCUCCCCACCAGGGUCCGAGAACGCAUCCCUGAGGAGUACACCUUUACCCCCACGACCGGUGAAACGCCCCCCACAUGGAGCCAUGUGAACCCCCGUCUCCUGCUUCACUUGGAAUCUGAUUUCGGAUUGCCUCCUUGGGGAGAAGCUCCAGGCGCUGGAUCUUUUGAAGUAAGGAGGGACUACGAAGAUCUCCGCUAUCCCAGAGGGAAGCACUUUGCUCUGGGCACUGUGGGCUGCAAGCCCCCCUGGGCUGGAGGCCAGCGCUCCAGCACCAUGGAUUACCUAGUUGGGAUUUUUCUGCUGUUGUGUGGGGUGGCGUUACCUGGAAGAGUUGCACCCCAGCACACCAAAGAGAGCGUGCCCAGACUCAAGCUCUCCUACAAGGAAAUGCUGGAAUCCAGUAAUCUAGUGACUUUCACUGGCUUGGCAAACAGUUCAGGUUACGACACGUUCCUGAUGGAUGAGGAGAGAGGAAGAUUACUUGUUGGAGCGGAGGAUCACGUCUUCUCUUUUGACCUGGUCAACAUCAACAGAGACGUCAAACAGAUCGCCUGGCCCGCCACACCUUCCAAACGCGAUGAAUGCAAGUGGGCUGGAAAAGACCUUGGGAAAGAAUGCUCAAACUUUGUGCGUGUGCUGCAGCCGUAUAACCAGACGCAUAUUUACAUAUGUGGCACCGGAGCUUUCCAUCCUAUCUGUUCUUACCUGGAGAUAGGCAAGCGAGCAGAGGACAACAUCUUCAGACUGGAUGCCAACUACUUUGAGAACGGACGUGGGAAAAGUCCCUAUGAUCCAAAGAUGCAGUCCUCAUCCCUCCUGAUUGAUGGCAAACUGUAUUCUGGAACAUCAGCAGACUUCAUGGGACGAGACUUUGCCAUUUUCCGAACACUUGGGUCACAUCAUCCAAUCAGAACUGAGCAGCAUGAUUCUAGAUGGCUGAAUGAGCCCAGGUUUCUAGGAAUACACCUGAUCCCAGAGAGCGAUAAUCCUGAAGAUGACAAGAUCUUCCUGUUCUUCAAAGAGAACGCCAUGGAUGGUGAACAUACAGGCAAAGCUACGAUCUCCAGGAUAGGACAACUGUGUAAGAAUGACAUGGGUGGACAUAGGAGUCUCGUGAACAAAUGGACAACCUUUUUGAAAGCCAAGCUGACUUGCUCAGUUCCCAGCCUCAGUGGAAUAGACACACAUUUUGAUGAACUGCAGGAUGUGUUUCUGAUGAGUGCUAAAGACCCAAAGAAUCCAGUGAUCUAUGCUGUGUUUACUACAUCCAGUAAUAUCUUCCGUGGAUCGGCUAUAUGCAUGUAUAGUAUGGCAGACAUCCGAAGGGUAUUUCUAGGUCCAUAUGCCCACAGGGAUGGGCCAAACUACCAGUGGGUUCCCUUUCAGGGCAGAGUGCCAUACCCCCGUCCUGGCACAUGUCCCAGCAAAACGUUCGGAGGCUUUGACUCCACUAAAGACCUUCCUGAUGAUGUAAUUACAUUCGCACGCCUGCACCCAGCCAUGCAUAACCCUGUGCAGCCCAUGGGUGGGAAGCCCAUUGUGGUGCGCACGAACGUGGAGUACCAGUUCACUCAGCUGGUGGUGGAUCGUGUGGAAGCUGAGGACGGCCAGUACGAUGUCAUGUUCAUCGGCACAGAUUUAGGAACUGUGCUGAAGGUGGUGACCAUUCCCAGGGAAAGCUGGCAUGAUCUGGAGGAAGUGGUGCUGGAAGAGAUGACGGUGUUCAGGGAGCCAACACCUAUUACUGCCAUGGAGCUCUCCACUAAACAACAACAGCUGUACCUCGGGUCAGAUUUAGGGAUUUCCCAGAUGCCCCUGCACCGCUGUGAGGUCUACGGGAAGGCCUGUGCCGAGUGCUGCCUGGCAAGAGAUCCGUAUUGUGCCUGGGACGGGACAGAGUGCUCUCGAUAUUUUCCGACUGCUAAGAGGAGAACGAGGCGUCAGGACAUCAGAAAUGGGGAUCCUCUUUCCCAGUGCUCUGAUCUGCACCACAAUGAUGAUCUGGAAGGAUACAGCAGUGUGGAGGAGAGAAGUGUGUAUGGCGUAGAGAACAGCAGCAUGUUUCUGGAGUGCAGCCCGAAGUCUCAGAGAGCUCUAAUCUACUGGCAGCUACAGAGACCCAAUGAUGAGCGUAAACAUGAGAUUGUGAUUGAUGAAAGGCUGAGUCUUACAGGCCAGGGUCUGCUGAUCCGAAGUCUUACCCAGGCCGAUUCGGGAGUGUACCACUGCCACGCCGUCGAGCACGGCUUCAUCCAGCCCCUGUGGCAUAUUAAUCUUCAGGUCAUCCCAUCUCAGCGCGUGGGCGAGCUGCUGCUCCGAGCAGGCGCCAACGAUAAGGAUCCUUCCCCUAAACACAAACUCUGGUACCAGGAUUUCAUGAGCCUGCUGGAGCACCCAGACCUCAACAGUGUGGAUGAGUUUUGCGAGCGCGUUUGGAAGCGAGAGAAGAAGCCAAAGGGAAAGAAAACCCCCAAAGUCAACCCCAUAGCUGGCGUCGGGACAAAAACAGAUAAGACCCCUCAAAGGACGGCUCAGAGUUUGCAGAACCCAACGCAGAGGGUGCAAAACACACCAAAAGUGCCGAACAACCCAACUGCUCAGAUUCUCCCAAAGUCCACAGGUUUGCAAAAAAGUCAAAUCCCGGGAAGUACAGUGAGCACGGAGAGCCAAAGCAUCAAACCAGACACUCAAAGCACGCAGAAGAUCCAAAGUGCUCCUGAGAACCAAAGAGCACAAUCUAACCAGGGAAAAAGAGGUACCCAGACCCCACAAAGAGGACCUCCUAACACAGCCAAGUGGAAACAGCUUCAGGAGAACAAGAGGGGGCGCAACCGCAGGACCCACGAACAGCAGAGACCACCGCGCAGCGUGUGAGAUACACUCACGCACACUCAACAGACACUUGUAAACAUCUGCAUCAGUCACUCAUACAACAGACAAGCGUGCAUAAUCGAUAGCACAAAACUCAAAAACGGUGAAUCCUGCUCACGUCUCUUGUUCACCAGGGAAAGCACAUUGACUUUGUCGUUGUGAUGUGACAGCAAAGACCUUUUACACUCCUAGUGUUACAGAUCCGAUGUCAUACACGUGAUGUUUUCAUCAGAGGAUGCGUGGCGGUCAUUUGCCAAAAAUCCUUCGCGAUACGAUGGGGUAGUGCCAAUGGAAAAAGAAGAAGAACUCUUUUGUCGAAAUGACAACAUAUGAAAAAAAAGACAUGGUGGAGUGAAUUGGGCACCUGGAAAACUGGAAGCCACUUGCUUAGAUUUGUAAAGACUGUAAUAUAUAAGCAAGUAUUGUACUGUACAUAGAACAACAGUAAGUAAUUAUGGACACAAUUGGUCAAAGGUGAAAUUAAGGCAUGCCUUAGUAACAGCUUGUCUAACCUCUGAUCCUCAGAAGCGUUUUGAUGUUCGUGUUAAUUAUGUUUCAGAUAAUCAAGUGGGCCUGACUGACUAAAAACAGUCAAUAACUUUGGUGACCAUUUCUGCCAAAAUUUAGGUUUCAAAUACAACGUGCAUGAGUUGAAUGAAUAAGCUCUUCCAAGCCAGUUGCAUAGUCGAACUAUCUGCCGAUUACAGCCCUCUAGAUGAUCGUUUUAAAUGUCGGUUGCGUAAAAAUGAUAGAACGUCUUUUGAAAGAUGUUUUUAGAUAUUUCCAUAAUGUCUGUAGUGUAUUUCUAAAUUAUUAUUACUCAUAUUUCAUAAGUUCGCGUCUUUGAUUUGCUAAAUCAGUCUAUGUUAGGCUGAAUGCUGAGUGACUCUAGUAUAUGUACAUAUAUAUACAGCAGAACACCACUUGAUUAUUUAUUGCUGGUUAUUGUUUAUUGUUCAAAGGGUUGCAUUUAUUUUUGAUAUUAUUUUUUCUAUUCAGUUGUAAAUGUGGCUGAUGGGCCAUGAUUCACAUAGGCGGACCAAUUAUUUGUUUUAGGCUCAGAUUCUUGUUGAGUGUUUGCAGAUCUGUAUACUUUUAAUUCAGUUUUACAUGCUUACUUUCUAAAUUUCGGUCGUUCUUUCUUUUUUCUGUCUUAUAGCUUAUCUUUAGGUCUUGUUUUAACUUCAUCGUGCAAAACUAACGAGAAAUAUUAAAUCAUCUCCAAUGAUUAGCUGUGAAUCUCCCUAAAAAAAUGUGUGGGUUAGGACAGAUUAGAUGCCGUGGAGAACACACUGCAUGUGAAUUCUGCCUUUGCGCAUCGUUAUUUUUUAUUGUCCUUGUGUCAUGCUAGAGGUAAUUUUUGUGCCAUGCAAGAUGUACGAGAUGUGAAUAUUUUUGCCAUUUGCAUCUAGACAUACCCUGUCCCUUUUUAUGUAUUAUAGGUCUAUAGUGUUUUUACACAUACAGGUUUCCCCCCACUGUUCGGCAAAAUUGUCAUUUCAAUGCAAUACCGAGGUAUCUUCACCAGAUGGCGCUCCCGUCCACUCCCUGACCCAGAUGGAGUUGGUUUGGAGAUGGCUGGUGCAACAAGGGAGGAGAAGGGAGCUGUCAGUUAUGUAAAAUUGGUGUUUCUGGCAUGCAUUUGGUUGUCUAAAUAAAUAUUUCCUCUAUAAUUUCAGGGU